AUGGUUAAAAAAAACCAGGGGCGUGUUCUGAAGAAGGAGCCAACACCCCCUUUGGAGGGGAUGAAGUUUGGGGAAUAUGAGGAGUACAAGAGAGAACAGGAGCCUGACCGCAAGAGACAGUACAAGGAGGACUUAGAGAAGCAAAAGCGUGAACAAGCUUUGAUAAAGUUGAGGAGAGACUUCCCUAACAAACAGCCACUGGUCACCACCACUCCACGACAAGGGGAGGUAACAGAUCGCAAGGGAUACCGCAAUCAGAUUGAGGAGAAAAAACAGAAGCAGUUUAGUAAGAUGUUGGCCCAACAACCAACUGUCAGAGAUGUCCGCCCUCAGAACACACAGCCCCGUCGUAGGUCACCCUCCCCAGAAUUCAGCGACCCUGGGAUGCAGCUUCAGGCUGAUCGUAUACGGGCACGCAUCAGAGAUCUUCCUACGCGUCCUGAGGAAGUUGAGGAGCUACAGCGGCGACAACAACAACAGGAUGCGCUUCAGAGAGAUUUGGAGGAUAUUUCACCCCGAAAUUCCUACGAAGAGCGUCGACCACCUGUUGACCUCAGUCCUAGACUGGACGACUACGGCCCGGGUCUAUCCGACAGAUAUCCCCCGCCCCAGGAGGACUACAGACAACCACCACAGCAUGCCAACCAGCCAGGCUCAUAUCAGGGAUCAAGGCCACAGGCUGAAAACAAAAUACAGGAAAGAGUUGAACAUCAGCUGUAUGAUGAGAGUGUGAGGAAACAUGUUGAGGUACAGCGCCGCAUGGAUGAGGAGGCAAAGAAGAGGAGACAAGCAGAACAUCAAAAUGAUGAAAAUAUCAGGAAACAGCUAGAGAUUGUGAAACGACGUCAGGAGCUGGAAGAAAAGAGGAAGGUGAAACAAAGGCUUGAGGAAAAUAAUAGGAGGCAGUUUGAGGAGGAAAGACGAAGACAGGCAGAGAGGCGGAUGCAGGAACAAGCUGAGAAGGAAUACCAAGAAGAAAUGCGGAGACAAAUAGCAGACAAACGACAACGGGAUGAAGAAGAAAAAAGGCUACUUCAGGUGAAACACCAAGAGAGUGUCAUGAAACAGAUUGUUGAUAAAAACAGGCAAGAGGCAGAGGAGAAGAAGAGAUUGAGGAAAGAACAGGGAAAGGAUGAAGGAAUAUUAAAACAGCUGGAGAAAGGGAGAGAGAGGGAGGCUGACGAGAAACGGAGGAAGCGAGAGUUUGAGGAAGAACAGAACAGACAGUUGGAAGAGUCUAGAAGAUCGUUAGAAGAAGGCAGACCAUCAACUGUCCAUGUCAGAUUUAGUGACUACGAGGAGGAGGAGGCAGUUCCGAGGAGGCGACGUCCAAACUCCGAGUACAUUCCAGGGUAUGGUGUUGAGCAGCGAGUGGAACAGAGAACUAAGGUACACAGGACUGCCACUAACAUGGGUGAAAAGUGUGAUAUUGAGGUCGUAGGAUAG